AUGGCCAUGGAGACUCCCAACGGGCUCGCGCAGGCCCAGAUGUCCCAGCAGUUGCAGAUGCUUCCCCACGUUCUGUCCCAACAACAAGCCCAGGCACAACAGCCGCAACAACAAGCACAGCAGCAGGCGCAGCAGCAGGCCCAGGCACAGCAGGCUGCCCAACCACAACAGCCACAAGACGUUUUGUCCGUUCUCUCGGAGACAACCUGUGUGACCUGGGUGGCCAUUGGCUCUUUGGCUGAAUCGCUAGGCGACUUGGACAAGGCGUACUCGCUGUACGAGUCUGCUUUGCGCCAUGCGCCCAUGAACCCAGAAGCGCUCACCCGCCUUGCCAACAUCUGUAGGUCCAGAGACCAGUUCAUGAAGGCCGCCGACUUCUACGAGAAGGCGCUCAAUGUGCACCAGGAAAACGGUGACACCUGGGGGCUUUUGGGCCACUGCUACCUCAUGAUGGACGACUUGCCCCGUGCUUAUGCGGCCUACCAGCGCGCGCUCUACUACCUUGACAACCCCAACGUGCCCAGAUUGUGGCACGGCAUCGGUAUCUUGUACGACCGUUAUGGGUCUUUGGAGUAUGCAGAGGAGGCGUUCGUGCGUGUUUUGGACCUUGACCCCAACUUCGAAAAGUCCAACGAAAUCUAUUUCCGUCUCGGUAUUAUAUACAAACACCAAGCAAAAUAUGCAAGCGCUUUGGACUGCUUCAAAUAUAUCUUGACCAACCCUCCUCUACCUUUGACUCAGCCCGAUGUCUGGUUCCAGAUCGGUACCGUCUUUGAGCAGCAAAAGAACUGGAAUGGUGCCAAGGAUGCUUACGAAAAGGUCUUGGAGGUCAAUCCAAACCACGCGAAGGUCUUGCAACAAUUGGGUUGCUUAUACUCGCAAUCAGAGCCUGCUUCUCAACAGCAGGGCCAGAACUCUCCAAUGCCUUUCCAACAAGAUUUGGCGCUUGCUUUGAAGUAUCUCUCUCUGUCAAUUGAUGCUGACCCCAACGAUGCUCACUCCUGGUAUUACUUGGGUCGUGUGCACAUGUUGAGAGGAGACUUCAAUGCUGCAUAUGAAGCGUUCCAACAGGCAGUUAAUCGUGAUUCAAGAAACCCAACAUUCUGGUGCUCGAUUGGUGUCCUUUAUUACCAAAUCUCUCAAUACCGUGAUGCUCUUGAUGCUUACACCAGAGCCAUCAGAUUGAAUCCUUACAUCAGUGAAGUUUGGUAUGAUUUGGGAACUCUUUAUGAGACUUGUAACAACCAAAUAUCUGACGCUUUGGAUGCUUACAGACAGGCAGAGCGGUUGGACCCAUCCAAUCCUCAUAUCAAAGCAAGACUAGAACAAUUGAUCAAGUACCAGCAGGAUGGAAACACUCAUCCUCCACAACCACCACCAGUUAGCCAGCAGCCAAGAUUGCCACAAGGAAUGGUGUUGGAGAGCACUCAGCCACAACACCCACACCAAGGGCCUCUUGGUCAGGGUGCUUUGACCGCCCAGGCUCAACAUCAACCCGGUUUGCAACUACAUGCCGCUCCUCAGCAGCCUCAACAGCCUCAGCCUCAGCAGCCCCAGCCUCAAUUGCAACCAAACCCAAACCUUCCUAAUCCACUUUCUCACCAACCAACUCCUGCGGUGCCCCAAUUACAAGUCCAGGGAAGUCAACCAGAACACACACCUGCUCAAGUUCCGGUCCAACCUCUUCAACAACCAGCUGUGGGACAACAACACCACCAACAGCCACAACAGCAACAACCAACCCAUACUGUUGCACAGUUGCAACAACCACCGCAAUUGGCUCAAGUUCAGACUGUCCCUUCUAUUGUUCAAGAUUCAUCAGCAACUUAUUCGGGCGCAUCUGUACCUGGUCAAACUGAUCCAAGUGCGCACGCACCUAAUAACCUUCAUCAUGCGCCACACCAGCAGAUCCCUGUAUCUCAAGAACUACCAACUCAGCUUCCUCCCCAACUUGCUCCGCAAGCCUUGGGAACCUCUCAGGUACCUACUCCACUUCCCAGCCAGUUACCUCUCCAGGGCGCCACUCCUCAACCACCAGUGCAAGCUCAAACAGCGGCUAAUCCAGAAACACAAACAGUUCAACUGGACACUCCAACCGUAGAUAAAUUGAGUUCAAAUGGUUUUUCUAAUGGUCAAAAGCAUCUCUUGGAGGACAAGCAUGAACCGGAGGACGUUAAGCGAUUGAAUACCGCAGAAGGUGUCUCCAAUACCUCAAUUAUUAAUGGUGGAACACCCUCAAAUGUGGCCACGCCAACCACAGCUAUUGCCUCGAUGGCGCCAUCUGCUUCCGUAACACCCGUAGUUACUCAAAAAGAAGAAACACAUUCUACAGAGAACCCAGUUGUUUCUACAGAACAGACUCAGCACCAGGAUGCCAACGAAGAGACGCCAAGUUCUAUUUCCCAACCAGAAAGUACCUCAUCUAACGGAAACGCUUCUUCUGUAGCUACUGAAGGCACAGCUUUUGCCCUGAACAUUGUGGCAAACGCGGUACCAUCUGUGCCUACUGAAGCACCAGCAAUGUCUCAACCCACAGCCAAAGUUGUAACCAGCGAGCCAGCUGAAGCUUCUACUCGUGAUGAUGACGAUGAUGAUGAAGAAGAAGAAAAAGCCGUAGGCGAUGUGGAACCUCCCUUGAGAAAGGUUCAAGAAGAAGAAGAUUAUGACGAUGAAUAG